GGGUGGUGACCCCGGAAGGACUUGCCCGAUUCCGGAAUUUGGAGUUCUGCUUCCGGGCCAAACUGUUCGCAGGGACGAGAUGGGGAAGAUGGCGUCUGCGGUGGUUUCAUUAGCCACGCUGGCUACAGAAUCCAGAGAGGAUGCUUUCCGGAAGCUUUUCCGCUUCUACCGGCAGAGCCGGCCGGGGACAGCCGACUUGGAAGCGGUCCUCGACUUCUCAGAGGCUCAUGUGGCUCGGAGCCCGAAGCCCGGCGUGCCCAAGGUGGUCAGAUUCCCUCUGAAUGUGUCCUCAGUGACUGAGCAUGAUACCUGUAGGGUAGGACUUCAGCCUGUGAGCCAGUGGCAGGCCUAUGGACUUGAAGGCUAUCCUGGAUUUAUUUUUAUUCCAAAUCCCUUCCUCCCGGGAUGCCAGUGGCACUGGGUAAAACAGUGCCUUAAGUUGUACUCCCAGAAACCUAAUGUCUGUAACCUGGACAAGCACAUGACGAAAGAAGAGACCCAAGGGCUGUGGGAACAGAGCAAAGAGUUCCUAAGGUCUAAAGAAGUGAAUAAGCGGAGACCCCGAAGUUUACUAGAGAGAUUGCGCUGGGUCACUCUGGGCUACCAUUAUAACUGGGACAGUAAGAAAUACUCAGCAGAUCAUUAUACACCUUUCCCUUCUGACCUGGCUUUCCUCUCAGAGCAAGUCGCCACGGCCUGUGGAUUCCAGGAUUUCCGAGCAGAAGCGGGCAUCCUGAAUUACUACCGCCUUGACUCCACACUGGGAAUCCAUGUGGACAGAUCUGAACUAGAUCAUUCCAAACCCUUGCUGUCCUUCAGGUUUGGGCAGUCUGCCAUCUUUCUCCUGGGUGGCCUCAAGAGAAAUGAAGCCCCCACAGCCAUGUUUAUGCACAGUGGUGACAUCAUGGUAAUGUCGGGUUUCAGCCGCCUGUUAAAUCAUGCAGUCCCUCGAGUCCUUCCACAUCCUGAUGGGGAGUGCCUGCCUCACUGCCUAGAGACACCUCUCCCAGCUGUCCUCCCUAGCGAUUCAUUGGUUGAGCCCUGUUCUGUGGAGGACUGGCAGGUGUGUGCCACCUACUUGAAAACUGCUCGAGUUAAUAUGACUGUUCGUCAGGUCCUGGCCACAGGCCAGGACUUUCCUUUAGAACCCACAGAGGAGAGAAGAAGAGACAUUACUGCAGAUGGUUUGUGCCAUCUGCAUGACCAGAAUAGCCCAGUAAAACGGAUAAGGUUGAAUCCUACCGCUAAAACCUAGGGGCUAGAUUCUCUUACUCAGGCAGGCUUUUGUUGCCACGCAAGGGAAGAAGUCGUCUAUCAUGCUGCUGCCUUGGGCCCAUCUUAGAGCCUAAAAACGGAUUAGAGUAACCUACUUGUCCAGUUCUAAGCUCUUAGAGAAGGAGUGUGUGUUUGUCAUGCCGUAUCAGUAUAAUGAUCCACACAGACAUAAGCAUCAUGAGGGUGGACGAAGUGAGUUCAUAUGUCUGUGCUGAGUCAACACCUCAAAGCUUGUUAAUAGGAAAUAGUGUCUUUCUCCCAGCACUAUGUGAUCUAUGAACCAGCCACCAGAAUACCUAAUCCUUAGUCAUCAGAUUCUUCGGCUCUUCACUCUUCUCUGCGCUCACAGAGGAAUCUUAAGCAGAUGAAGACAAUGAAAUUAAAGUGUUCCUUGGGAGCCACAGUUGUCACUUAAUUGGUAGAGCACAUGCCUGCCAUACACUAAGCUCUGGGUUCAGUAUCCAGUGCCACAUAAGUCAGGUGUAGUGUAUGCCUGUUUCUUAUGCACUCCACGGGUAGAGGAUCAGACAUUUAAGGUCACCCUCCUCUCUAGACUACCUGGUAGGUUUUUUAAUGACUAAAAGUCUCUAGGGGGGUGUUGUUAGCUGUUUCUCCGUGAAUAAACUUACUCUAUUUAAGUUAAAGAUCUGUAUCUGUCUUUGAGGGUUGGUGUAUCAAGAGUUCACGUUUCCUCGUGUGUUAUUGUUCACGAUACUGAAGUCUCUAGCUGUCUCUCCCCUGAGCAUUAUGCUGUGCUGGAAGAAUGUUUCUUGGCCUUGUGGUCAUUGAUGUCAAAAAUACAGUGUCAUCUCCAUGGGGGAAUUUUGGUGGUGCUUUCUAGAAACUGGGUGUACCUGUUAAUUUGGGAGACAGGGACUAGCUGAAAGCCACUGUCCUGUCUGCUGCCUAGAGUGUGAUUUGUUCAAUUUCCAACUUUCUCUGCCCUGUUCCCCCACCCCCUUUAUUUAUGUGCACCUGAUCAUUGGGUUUGUGUGAUAAAAGCAGGUGUGUUAUUUUUUAAUAAGGAAAAUAAGUAAUACAAAUUCCUUACAUAAGCUAGAUUCUAAAAUUAGUGCAUGAUUGGAGAAUUUUUUGUAACUCACAUUUGGGAAAUUUUUCUUAACAUUUCUUUGAUGAUCCAUUAAAUUUGACUCACAUGAAACCAACAAGCUGGGUUUUUGGUUUGGUUUGGUUUGGUUUGGUUUGGUUUGGUUUGGUUUGGUUUGGUUUUGGUAAACCCAACAGAAAGUUUAUCAAUGCCAUUAAAACAGACUCUUUAGCCACUCGGUUGUGGUGCAUGCCUUAAUCGCGGCACUCAGGAUGUAGGGGCAGGUGGAUCUCUGAAUUAGAGGCCGGCUUGGUCUACAGGUGAGUUCUAGGACUGCCAAGGCUCUCUAGAGUAUCAGAGGCCUGGGUUUAGGAAUGAGCUGGAAUAGGCUAGCCGAGAGCAUCCCAUGAUCCUGUAGGGGGCAUGCUCAAGUAAGAUUGGAGAUCAGCAAACUUCAGCUCAGUUCCAGUUUCUGUGCUGUUUGCAAGCCAUUUCUAAGUGGCUGUGGAGAGGGUUCAUAAGAAUAUGCUGUGAAUAAAGUUCCAACUCCAGAAUUAAUUUCUUGAAUGAGGCGCAGCUGGAGAGAUGACCCAGAAGAACCCAGGUUCAGUUCCCAGCAUCCACAUACAUGAUAGCUCUUAAGUAACUGUAACUCCAGUUCAAGGGACCCAACACCCUCUCUGUCAUCUGGGCCCCAAGCACACAUGUGACACAUACAUUGAAGAGGCAAAAGACUCAAACAUAAAAAGUUUGUAUAGUGGGAUUUGUGUGUAUUUUAAAGAUUUUAGGAACAAAUACCUUUGAGUUAAAAGUUCAAGGUUAGGGGCUGGAGAGAUGGCUCAGCAGUUAAGAGCACUGACGAACUC